GCAAUUUGGCAUGUAAACAAAAGUUAUAGGAAGAGGCAGGUGGUGUUCAGAAAAGAAAUGAAGCAAAUGUAAGAAUUGAAACAAACCAAUGUGCUGAAACUAGAAAAAGAAACAAGCUUCUAAGGAAAGAAACUUGAUGGCCAAAGAGGAAUGGUCGAAGCUGGGCUUCAAAGAGACGCCAAAAGUUACGUCAAACUAAACCAUGGGCGAUGCAGAGGCAGCAGCGGCAGCUAUCAAGACGGAGGACAGCAGCAUCCCGCUUCCCAGCGAUGAAGAAGCCGAGAAAGUCCUGUCAUUUCAGGAAGCAAUGGCCAUUGCCGACAAAAAGAUCCAUGCCCUGAUUAGCAAUGACCCGCUGCUCAACAACCUGCACCCCGAGGUGACCACUGAUGAGCUCAAGUCGUACCUGGCGCUGGAGCAUGGCCAGGCCAUGUCCCUGGUGGUGCACAAAGCCGACGGCGACUACUACACUGUAGUCGUCGAGCAAAAGGCCACGGUGCUGGACCUGAAGAAUGCCAUACGACGACAUGUCACCCUGCGCAUGCUACGCCACCUUCCUGUAGCCUGCGCUAGCGCUGACAACACUGAACACUGGCCAGCCAUCAACAGCACAUGCCAACAAUGCACGUAAGGGAGUGAAGCGCAUCCUAAGCUGGAGGUACGUUUGGAAGACUUACUGGCUCUCCUUCGAUGGCGAGCUCUUAAAGGAGGACAAGGCGCUCCUGCGAGACUUUGGAAUUCGCAACAACUCGCAGCUGUCAUUUGUCAAGAGACUGCGGGAGAAAUAG